UAACGCAUUAACAAUAAUAUUAAAUGUUAUUACAGAAAGUCUGUUGUGUGUUAUGUGACGAAGGUGCUUCCUGUUUCACUGCUUUUCCCUAUCCUGCCAUACCUUACAGGCUUGCCCUCGUUCAUAUCUUAGAACAGUGGUCAUACAAGCUGAACAUGAACUCUGCUCCACCGUAAACUCAUUAUUAUUGUAAGGAGUCACGUAGAUAGUGUGUGUUGAGUAUAAAAUAGUACAGUACGUGUGUGAAGAUGAAGGCCUAUAGUUUGCUGUGUUUAAUAUUUCUACUCCCUGUCACAGUUAUUGGACAAACGACACCAGAUCGUGAGUAGCAAUUUUUUUCUGUUGAAAUCUGUAAAGAAAGCCUGUCUUUUAGUAUGAGUAGGAUAUGUAUUACUGUAGCAUUGAAUCAGAUGACAUCUCUAAAAUGAACAUGUAAAUAUACUGUAGGUUGUCCUGCUGCUUUUUGAGGUUUUGGGGGAGGAGUAGGUUAGGCCCUCUGUUUGAAGGUAGUGCUUUUUAUCAAAUUGUGUCUUCAUUUUCUCAUGAUGUUGCUGGGCCAAAUCACUAUCACGUUUCAGUUACAUCUUUUCUUUUUACAUCCAGCAAGUUGUGUAACAGUAGAUGACUUUGAAGUGUGCACAGGAACUGCAUAUACAUGCAAUGCUGAGAAAAGCAAAUGCUACUGUAAGGACAAGAAACCUUUCUGUAGGUGUAACAACUACAUAGACAAGUGGUACAUAGGGGAGAAGUGUGACUUUGAGUGGACCAUAUUGAACUUUGCCCUGGUAUCAUCUCUACCAGGACUGGCCCUGGCUGUUAUUGUUGGUGUGAUGGUCCAGUGUGUCCAUUACUUAAGGAAACCAGCAAAGAAACAAAAGGAUCGGACAACGAGUUACACAAACUAUGCAAUGUCACCGACAACAUAUUAUGAAAAUAACCAAGAUGACAUGUUCUCCAACACAGUGUUUGCCUCAGACAUGCCGAAUCGGCCAAAGCCCCCCAGUGUCCAGCCCACCCAGGAGAGGUUUCCCAUAUCCAACUUACCCAACCGCCCUUACAGCCUUCAACCAAACGGCAUGCGGCCCACUUUAGAUAGAUUGUCUUUGACCAACCCUACAAGCCAGCCAUACAACUAUGCUACAGGUAUGACGCAGCCCCUGGGUAACCCCUAUCCCAAGUCUCCAUCGCCAAGGAACCCGUAUGAAGACAGAGCGCCACCUCCAGACUGUUAUGACGACCAGCACAUGAGACCAACACAGCCCCCACCAGGACACAACGGCAUGAUGAGAGAAGGCAUGUCUGGGUAUCCUGCGCCCAGUUCACCUGCUCCCCUCUAUUCAGCACCGGAGUACAACCUCAGUUCCCAGUUUCCCAGAGCCCAGAUAGGGAGACACUACUGAGGACAAACAGGAGUGACCAUGGCCUGAAUUAGAACGCCACCAAUUUCACUAUCACAAUUCAAAAAAGUUCAACUCGUAUAUAAUUUAAAGUGAGUGGAAAAUGUAAACAUUCAAGGACUUUGUAAACUUUAAUUUAACGUACUAAAAAAUGUGUUGUGGCUGGCUGCUAAGUUUUAUGAGUAAUCCCCAUUGACUGAUUAUGAAAUUUGCUCAUAUUUUUGCAGUUUUAAGAUUUAUUGUUUGACAAUUUUGUAACUAAUAAAGGCUAUUAUUCCUAGAUUCAAUCCGUAGCGUGGAUCAACACUAAAGCGCGAUUGAAAUGUAAAGGAAAUGUUCCGAUGUUUCAAUUUCCGAUCGCUUUAACUCGGAUCUCCACACUACAGAUUGAGUAGUCAAUUCCAAUUUCAUUUGAAAUUCAAAUUCAAUUCUUGAAUUCACUCAUGAAGUGGAGAAUUUAAGUUAAAUUCAAUUCAAAUUUCAACAAUCUUCAAGUUUUGGAAUUGGAAUUAGACUGUGUUGAAUUGUAAAAAAAAAAAUGUAGUCUUUGGAAUUUCAUUUAAUUGGAAUUCAAUAUUGUACAUUUCCGAGUUAGUAUCAAAAUUGGACUGCGGGAUUUGUUUUAAAUCAUUUCAACUUAUAUUUAUAUAUUUACAGUAUAGCUACACUGUAUGAAGCUACACAUAAUCAGCCUGAAGGAAUUAAAUUUGAAUUGGAAUAUACAGUAUCGAACAUUGGAAUUUAAUUAUCUCUAAAUUCAAAGACUGACCGGGAAUUUGAAUUGAAUUAAAUGGAAUUUACAGGGAGAGGGAAUUUUAUUUGAAUUUAAUUUGUUGAAUUGACCCCAACCCUGCUUUGUAAUAGGCUAGUCCGAUUUGUUACCAUUUUUUGGUCAUGAGGGUUAUCUGCCAGUGGUUCCCAAACCGUGGGUCAGUACUAGGGGAGAACGACUGCCCCCUCUCAUUGAAGCCACGGAAGUUCAAGGCUAACCGCAGUACUGCAGGCAUUGUUAGCAGAAAACAGGAUCCCCCCAUUAUAGUGAAUUUUAACAGAUUGUUUUUAAAUCGCACACAGAAGUUAUAAGGAUAAUUUAGUUGCUAAUGGCAGCCUGCUGUACCCCGGUCGGCCUUCAACUUGAGUUACUCAAUGAGAGCGUGCAGCACUGAGCUCGCAUGCAACGUCACUUCCUGGAGUAGCUCACACUGCGCAUGAUAGGUCUCCAUGAGGCACCUAAAACCUGUAAAUGAAUUACCUCUGGUUCGUUCCUAUGUGGAAAAUUAAUGGGGAAAUAAUAGGAUUUUGUUAUAAACGCAGAAAAUAAGGUCUGAGGUUUACACAGCUUAGGAGAUCUUAUACGUUUUGUUUAUCCAACAACACAAUUUCCACAUAGGCUUUGUCCAACGAACCAUGGUGGAGUUGGUGCCUACAAGAAGACAACAUUACUAUUUGUCUUACAAAGGAAUGAAUGGUGUCACGUGAUCUAGGACUUUGACGGUCGCAGGGGUCCAGGUGUGACGUUUUUUGUGCAUUGCAAAAAAAUAUAUAUGGAAAAACACUUUGUGUAAACUUAAACGACUAAAACCAAAUCGAAAGUAUGUAGAAAAGAUAAUGGACAUAUAAUACCCUAUAAUCUGAGAAUUUACAAUCAGCAAAAUAAACGCUAGAUAAUCAGGCACCCAUUGAUUUUAUAUUUGAGGAUAAGAACACGUCAAAAUGUGUAGAAUUGACGGAAAUUAGCUUAAGUGAAAAUUCUCAGCUCCUUGGAAAAAUGUAUAGAAUUGCAACCUAUUAUUUCAGCGCCAUGGCAAAAUGUGUAGAAUUGCUGGAAAUUAGCUUCAAAACUGCACAAUCUUCUCUCUGCUGCCAAGAUGAUGUUCUAUGUAUGUUUUUUUCACCGCUCAACCCUUAUGGUGGGUCGCGACUCAAGACACCUCAAUUGGUUGGUCACAAAGCAAAAAAGUUGUAUACAAUGGUAAGUCAAGCAACAUCAAUUAAAGAUACUUUCAAAAAGAACAUUUAUUUUCUACAAAUCAGAUGUUAAUAAUUUUAAAUCAAUAAACAAAAUACAAUCUUAAUUUCACCUCUAGGUCAAUCAUGGGAUAACUUGGUGUCAGUAGUCACCCUUAUUGUAAGAUGCAAAACACUGUCAUCUUAACACAAAUCCACUUGUUGGUACAUUCUUUGUUACUGAAUGAUGGCAAAAAGAGUGAAUGAAAGUAAUAGGUUGAGGUGAACAAUUCAUCAGGAGAUGUCUUUAUUUACUAAAGAAGCUCCUAAUAUUUCAGUUGACAGACAGAGAAUAGAUAACACUGAUUUGGAUCUGAUACAUGAGACAUUCCUGAUAGUAAACAUUUUAUUGGUUUUGAGCAACAUGAUUUUACCAGAUUUUACCACAUGGGAAAAAUUAAAACCCCUGAUUGUUUGACAAGCGAUUAUUUCAAAGCAUAAAGGACAAAUACAAGUAAAAAGCUGGGUUGUCCACAUCCCCUUUUCAUGCCUUUGAAUACAGAGAAAACUGAUACAGAUGACUGUUUAUGUUUGAAAUUAGAACUGGGUCUUUAAAUGCAUGUUUUUCACAAUUUGCUAGCAGUAGCAUUACUAAAAAUCAUACAAUGACUUGUCAGAUAAUGGUUACCCCAAGGUCAACAGUGAGAAUACAGUCAACAGAUAAACACGCCAUUAGUUAAAAUCAAAUUACAGCAUUAUCUUACCACUGAUACUGCAUAUGACAAGUGGUGUGCUAUUCAAACAACCCAGACAAGCAUACUACGGUACUGAGAAAAUGUGUGCUUUCAAGCAGUGUUCUGAUUCAGGAUUUACCUGACUUGAGGUUUGUUUGAAUAGCACCCCAGGUUUGAGUACUAAUGGUGAUGUGAGGACAAGUUAAUAAAUUACU